AUGGCAGAAAAUGAUUUGAACAACACGUAUCAACAAAAACGUGUCCUUCUCCACGGCAACGAUGACAUUGCAGCGGCUGUUCAGCUGCUAACUACUACGGUCAAUCAACUGACCACUGAGGUCAAUCAUCUGACCACUGAGGUAAAUCAACUGACAACCCAGAACAAACAGCUGACCAGUCAAAACAACCAGCUGACCACUCAAAUCAACCACCUGAACAAUGAUUCUUUUAUAGGUAAUGUUUACAUACGCUGGGGACGGACAACAUGUCCAACAAAUGGAACCGAUCUGGUUUAUACAGGUUACGCUGCAGGAAAUCUUUACACUGAAAAUGGAGCUGCCGACAACCUUUGUUUGACAUCAGAACCUAUCUGGGGUGCUUAUGACGACACCGCACAGAGCUAUUCCGCCAAAGUUUAUGGAACUGAAUACGAGUUUGAUCUUUACACGAACGGAGGGGCACAGUUCUUUGGCAAGAAUCUGCAAGACCAUGACGCACCAUGCGCAGUCUGUCACACGUCUCGACGAGCCACCGUCAUGAUCCCAGGCAGAAACCAGUGCUACCCCGGGUGGACAAAGGAAUACUCUGGCUAUCUGGUGUCUACCUUGUCUGGAUAUCCCGGUUUCCUAUCCCCUUCCAACUACGCAUGCAUGGAUUCUGACGCCGAGUUUGAAAGUGCAGACUAUGAAAGCAAAAAUGGAAAGCUGAUGUACUUGGUCGAAGCCAUUUGUGGAUCACUUCGAUGUCCACCGUAUGUGAAUUAUCGUGAAUUAACAUGUGUUGUGUGCAGCAAAUAA